GCCUGUUGUCGUUAUCUUCCUGCUCAUGGUGACAGAAGGCGGUGUAGGAGCUGAUUUCAGACCGGUUUUACUGAGGAGGACGCCGGUGUUGUGAACAUCUCGUGUUAGUUUGAGAAAGAAGAAAACCGGAUUGUCACGACAAGCCAGCGGAACGCCAAAUUCAGCCCCUGAAAAUAAAAUCUGCCGAGCAGCGGAAGUGGGGGCGUUUGUUCAACUCUGAGUUGUCAGUUUCGGGGAGAAGUCUUCAAGGUGGGGGGGCGACCCCUGAGCGGCCCGGAUCCACAUCACCGACCGAAGCCGGGGAGCAGAGAGCGGGGAAGCCUGAGAGGGGCGUGUCGGUCAUCGGAUCCACUUUUCGAACCUCCGCCGGGGCCCGGGUCACCCGGACAGAGACCUCAUGAAUGGAAAUCGGAACAACAGGAGCCGUUGUAGCCCAAACCCUGUUUUCGUUGCCACGACGACCUGGACAUGGCACCAUUGGAAAGCCCAUCAAACUCCUGGCCAACUGCUUCCAGGUGGAAAUCCCAAAGAUCGAUGUUUACCUGUACGAAGUGGACAUCAAGCCUGAGAAAUGUCCUCGGCGGGUCAACAGGGAGGUGGUGGACUCCAUGGUGCAGCAUUUCAAGGUGACCAUCUUCGGUGACCGGUUACCAGUGUACGAUGGGAAGAAAAGCCUCUACACCGCCAGCCCACUUCCUGUCGCCACAGCUGGGGUCGAUCUGGACGUCACCCUGCCAGGUGAAGGUGGGAAGGACCGCCCCUUUAAAGUCACCAUUAAAUUUGUGUCGCUGGUCAGCUGGCACAUGCUGCACGAAGUCCUGACGGGACGCCGCAUCGCCGAGCCGCUGGACCUGGACAAACCAGUCAGCACCAACCCGGUUCACGCCGUGGACGUCGUGCUGCGACACCUGCCCUCCAUGAAGUACACCCCCGUGGGGCGGUCCUUCUUCUCCUCCCCGGAGGGUUACGACCACCCGCUGGGCGGAGGAAGGGAGGUGUGGUUUGGCUUCCAUCAGUCAGUGCGCCCAGCCAUGUGGAAGAUGAUGCUCAACAUUGAUGUGUCAGCCACGGCUUUCUAUAAAGCUCAGCCGGUGAUUCAGUUCAUGUGUGAGGUGCUGGACAUUCACAACAUCGACGAGCAGCCGCAGCCGCUCACCGACUCCCACAGGGUGAAAUUCACCAAAGAGAUCAAAGGUCUUAAAGUGGAAGUGACGCAUUGUGGAAGCAUGCGUAGGAAGUACAGAGUCUGCAAUGUGACGCGCCGCCCCACCAGCCUGCAGACAUUCCCGCUGCAGCUGGAGAACGGGCAGACAGUGGAGCGCACGGUGGCGCAGUACUUCAGGGAGAAGUACAGUCUGCAGCUGAAGUAUCCCCACCUGCCCUGUCUGCAGGUGGGCCAGGAGCAGAAACACACCUACCUGCCGCUGGAGGUGUGCAACAUCGUUGCUGGUCAGCGCUGCAUUAAAAAGCUAACAGAUAAUCAGACGUCGACCAUGAUCAAGGCGACGGCUCGCUCUGCUCCAGACAGGCAGGAGGAGAUCAGCAGGCUGGUGCGGAGCGCGAACUACGAGGCCGACCCGUUCGUCCAGGAGUUUCAGUUCCGUGUGCGCGAUGAGAUGGCGCAGGUGACGGGCCGCGUCCUGCCGGCCCCCAUGCUGCAGUAUGGCGGCAGGGUGAGCUCUGAACCCUUUAUGAACCGAAUGGUGGCCACGCCCAGCCACGGGGUGUGGGACAUGAGGGGGAAGCAGUUUCACACCGGAGUGGAGAUCAAGAUGUGGGCCAUCGCCUGCUUCGCCACCCAGAGGCAGUGCAGAGAGGAGAUCCUCAAGAGCUUCACCGACCAGCUGCGGAAAAUCUCAAAGGAUGCUGGGAUGCCCAUCCAAGGCCAGCCGUGUUUCUGUAAAUACGCCCAGGGAGCGGACAGCGUGGAGCCCAUGUUCAGACACCUGAAGAACACCUACGCUGGGCUGCAGCUCAUCAUCGUCAUCCUGCCUGGAAAAACGCCCGUCUACGCGGAGGUGAAGCGGGUGGGAGACACCCUCCUCGGCAUGGCCACCCAGUGUGUCCAGGUGAAGAACGUGGUGAAGACGUCCCCUCAGACGCUGUCCAACCUCUGCCUCAAGAUCAACGUUAAACUGGGAGGAAUCAACAACAUCCUGGUCCCACAACAACGGCCGUCUGUGUUCCAGCAGCCUGUCAUCUUCCUCGGGGCAGACGUCACCCAUCCCCCAGCAGGAGACGGGAAAAAGCCGUCUAUCGCAGCGGUGGUGGGCAGUAUGGAUGCCCACCCCAGCCGCUACUGCGCCACGGUGCGGGUCCAGAGGCCCAGACAGGAGGUCAUCCAGGACCUGGCGUCGAUGGUGCGAGAGCUCCUGAUCCAGUUCUACAAGUCGACCCGCUACAAACCGACCAGGAUCAUUUUCUACAGGGACGGCGUGUCGGAGGGUCAAUUCAGACAGGUUCUGUACUACGAGCUGCUGGCCAUCAGGGAGGCGUGCAUCAGCCUGGAGAAGGAGUACCAGCCGGGGAUCACCUACAUCGUGGUGCAGAAACGCCAUCACACGCGCCUCUUCUGUGCAGAUCGUAACGAGCGGGUCGGACGAAGUGGGAACAUUCCUGCCGGCACCACAGUGGACACAGACAUCACUCACCCCUACGAGUUCGACUUCUACCUGUGCAGUCACGCUGGGAUCCAGGGCACGAGCCGGCCCUCCCACUACCACGUCCUGUGGGACGACAACUGCUUCACUGCAGACGAGUUCCAGCUGCUCACCUACCAGCUGUGCCACACCUACGUCCGCUGCACGCGCUCCGUCUCCAUCCCAGCACCAGCUUACUACGCUCACCUGGUGGCCUUCCGCGCUCGCUACCACCUGGUGGACAAAGAGCACGACAGUGCGGAGGGCAGCCAUAUCUCAGGGCAGAGUAACGGGAGGGACCCCCAGGCGCUGGCCAAGGCCGUUCAGAUCCACCACGACACCCUGAGGACCAUGUAUUUUGCCUGAAGCCCCUUCAGUCGGCCCACUGACCCCUCUCCUCACCCAGACCUCCUCUGGACCUGGUCAGGCAGGCGUUCCAGCCUCCUCAUCAUCAGCUGCAGCUCUGUGGAAACAGCUGAUUCUUUUAGAACCGGUUGGGAUCUGCGCGGCGUCCCGGCCUCAUGCUGAUCCGGUUUUUACAUGUUUGUGUGUGUGUUUCUGAUUGUGGUGACACGUUCGCUUCACGGCGAGCUGCCUCUUCUUCUCAGCUGUUCCUCGGUCCGGCCAGUACGACGCGUCGCUCAGCAGACGCCGACCGCACGUUUAACCGCGCGGCGAGCUGCUCCUCCACGUGACGCCACCAAACGGACGCUUGAAUGUCAAAUCAGAUGAUUGUGUUUCCUUCCUCUGGAUAUUUAAGCAUCGUUUUCUCUUUUUAAUUUAAAUGAACGUUGAUUUUCAGCCAUAGCGCUCGUGGAGCGGACGGCCGCGGCGCUUUCCCAGUUUUUAGUUGUAAGGAAGUCGUUCAGUGCAAUAAGGCCGACCGCGGCGGAGCAGCCAGGAUGAAGGUGGGUUCAGGGAUGUUCAGUAUUCUCCUGGCUGGCUCCGGAUCAGCCUGACGGGGUUUUUAACUAAAGUGCCUGAAGAGGUCAGAAAGUGAUGAGCUGGAUUUUAUCCGACGGACGGGACUGAAUCUUUUAACGCUUCCUCCUCCUUAUAAUAAAGCUGGGAUGACACAAACUUCACAAAGAUGAUCCGUUUCUGAUCGCAACCUAAUAAAGUUACGAACAAAAUGGAUAGAAACGAAACUCACUGGUGCUGUUUUUAAAAUAACUAUUUAUUCUGGAUUUAAAUUUAUGAAUUCUGUCAAAAUUUAAGAUGAAGCUUAACUUACAAAGUCUGAAAUGUCAGAUUUUUCCUCUGACUUUGCAUACAUUUACGUUUUCAUGAUGUUGAUCUAAUCAUGUCAAACUGCAGAUGAUUUCAUCGUUAAACAUUUGAUGUUAAAUUAAAACCUGAGGAGGGAAAACGGUGUUGGAUUUCUACGAAGUGCGUAACUGAGCUCUGUUUUGUUUAAUUUAAAGACAAAACAAAAAGAAAUGUAUUUUCCCUCAGCCUGAAAACAUGAAGGGAGUUUCUUUAGUCCAGAUUUAUGUCGGACGGGAGGAAGAAAAGCUGCUUUUCUGCUUUGGAAACUUGUGUAACGGCGAGUUGUGGCUACUGGACCCCGUGAAAACAUUUUCUGGGCAGCAGUCCUUCCUGGUUUGGAGGAAGCAGAUUUUCCUCCGGGUUCGGACUCUGGUGGUGCUUCGUUAACGUUCACUUUAACACUUAAACGCUCGGACCAAACCAACGUGCCUGCUCGGGGAGUUUACGCACGCGGCCUUCCAGCUCGGUGCUGAUUGGCUCGCCUCGUCACCAGAACCAAACAGCUGCUAUAAGAACCCUUUAACCCGCCGUCGGAUGAGAAGGAGGCGGAACCUAAAGGCACUUGGAGAGAUGGCGCGUCCUCCAGCCGGUUUGGUUCUUCUGGUCGGACGUCAGAAACAUCUGCUGUUACUGAGGACCGACCUGAACGUGUUCCACACGGUUUGUUCGUACAGUGAUGGACCCGAGUCUCACCGAUGCCUUUCUCCUCUGGAGAUAUAUUUCUAAUGAAAGAUAUGAGUGAAAUGCACACUUAGCCACAUAUUUUUACUAACAGAGGUCCUAUCUGAAGCAGAAUUGUACUAAUGAAUCGUGUCUAACAGUCUGGGAUUAUUUUCCAGACGUGAACUCGUUAAAUCCUCCCUCCUCUUUAUUUGAUCAUCUCAGAAGCUCAUCCAGGAAGUUGGAGACCUUUAUUUUUUUAUUUUUCAUGAGAGAAGGAGGGUUGGAAGUUUUCUGUUGGACCCAUGUGACCGUUACAGACUGUGCCUUUCCUGAUGGUGCUGAAAACCCAGUAAAUCCAUGAGAUACAUACUGUAAAGUGUGUAUAUGUGAGUGUUUACGUGUGUUAGUGGGUAUUUGUGUCCAUGCCAAGAAUUGAAAACAUGCAGAAGUGAUGUUUGUGGAGAGGACAGGACCAGAAGUCCUGCAGGGAUCCGUUACUGUGGAGCACAACCCAAACCUUUCUGAAGGAAGUCAAACCCCUCUGUGUGUGAGGUGUGUGUGUGUGGAUGAUGCUUUAUUUAUUCACUUCCUGCCUGCAGGCGUGAGAGGCCUCCAGCGCUGCCUGUAAAGCUGUUUUCUUCCUGUACGAAGGCAGUAACGGCUCAUAAAUCUGCAGUGAUCUUUCUUUAGACGUUUACAGAAGCAGGAAUCCGCCUCGUUCUACAGAAACGUGUCCGGCUGUUUUAAAUCUCUUUCUUUUUAUUUGUUUUUGUCUAAAAUGUCAUUUUAGAAAUUAAAUGUUUUUGUGUUAACAUUCACCUCAUCCUGGUCCCAAGUUGAGCCUUUUUACUUGUCGUAUUUAAUUUUCAGAAUAAAUCUAAUACGUGACAAAAUCCUA